CGACAAACUUCCCGAUCAACUCGCAAACUUCUUUCCCUCCUCUUCUACCACAACCACCCACCACUUUGCGCACCUCACACACUCACGACUUCCUCUUCCUCCCUUCGCAUCUAAUCUAUUGCGAGCUUUCUGUGAGCUGAUCGCAGUCUCACAGCACAAUGGCGGAAUUCUUAGGGGCGAGGAUAUCUCUGGUAUCAAAGAGCGACAUUCGAUAUGUCGGCACUCUCCACGAAAUCAACUCCGAGAACGCGACCGUAGCACUCGAAAACGUCUCCUCUUUUGGAACUGAAAACCGAAAAGUCAACCAAGAAGACUAUAUCCCUCCCUCCGACAGCGUCUACGAGUAUAUUGUAUUCCGUGGUAGCGAUGUCAAGGACUUGAGGAUCGAGCAGACGCCUGCUGCGAAGGAGAACAACCCGCCAAAGCUAAACGACCCUGCCAUUCUUGGUAGCGGAUCCCGUCCUACUCCACCAACGCAAGCUCAAGCUCCAGCUCCUGCUCCUCAGCCGCAACGUCAAUCUUCCCAAGGUCCCCCUCCACCAGCUCAAGGUCAACAGCCACAAGGUCCACCACCAGGCCCUGCUCAAGGUCCUCCUCAAGGUGUCCCUCCUCAAUUCGCUCACCAUCCACAAUAUCCACCUUUCUAUCCCCCUCCCACAGGAUGGGGUCGCGCUGGUCCUCCCCCACCUGGUCCUAAUGGUUUCCCUCCUAUGCCAUAUGGCGCACCACCCCCUGGCUGGUAUCCUGGACCCCAAGGUUUUCCCCCAGGCCCAUUCCCUCCUUAUGGCUACCCACCAGGACCACCAGGACAAUUCCAGCCACCGCCUCCUCAAAACCAAGGUCCAAAGCCAGCCCCGAUUGGGCCAGGCGCAAACAAGCAGCCAUCACCUCCAGCUACGAACGCUCCGGAGAAGCAAGCCGAACCAAAGAGCUUGGCAAAGCCUGCCGCUGAAAUGGCAGCUGCUGCAGUUCAGAAGGCUCCCUCUCCACCAACGGCAACAAAGCCAUCUCCAAAGGAGGUCCAAGCUGCAAUUGAUCACCCAUCCACUGCCCAAACAGCUGCUGGCAAGGCCGCUGCUAAAGCUGCUCCAUCUGGACCAAAGAAUAACAAUCGGGUCACCCCAGCUCUACCAUUGCAAGGUCCUGCCGCCGCGAAAGCACCUCUGCAACAACAGAAUAACAAUGCUCAAGCACCAGCUUCUAAGGCUGCAGACCCCGCGGCAACAUUGAGAGAUGCCACUCAGGCUGCCACCGCUGCUGUCGCUGCAGCAAUGGCGAAGCUACCAGGCCAGAUGAACGGUAAUAAUGCCGAUAAUCUUACGAAGAAGGUCAAUGACAUGAGAAUCAAUGACCCAAUCCGUGCACCAAGACAUCCAGGAGCCGCUGGUGCUGGAUUUGCCCCAAAUAGAGGAAGAGGUGGAGCACGUGGCGGUGCUCGAAAUGUGGAAAAGAAAGUUGAAGUACCUGAAUCGGACUUUGACUUUGAAACUGCAAAUGCCAAAUUCAACAAGCAGGAUUUGGUCAAGGAGGCAAUUGCUGGAUCUCCUUUGGGAGAGAACCCUCCCGAUACCUCCCCACUUGAGGCCGAAGUACCAGUUGGUGGCUACAACAAGUCAACAUCCUUCUUCGACAACAUCUCAUCUGAAAGCAAGGAUCGAAUGGAAGCCAGUGAGAAAAAACAACAUGGACGAGAGUGGAGAGGUGAGGAGCAGAAGAAGAACGUGGAGACCUUUGGACAAGGCAGCGUUGAUAAUGGCUACCGCGGUGGAUAUCGUGGCCGUGGACGUGGGCGUGGUGGUUUCAGAGGAGGUCGAGGUUACAUUGGAACUGGUCAACCAGGCCGUGGACGUGGAGGAUAUCGCGGCCGUGGAGAUGCACAGGCAUCUGUGUAAAGCUCCCCAAAGAUCGACAACGGACCCCAGGAUGAAUUCGAAUUUUGCAUGCGGUGUACUACAACUCCAUUCAACGAAUUUGCUUUUCUGUUCCGCGGUCAAAACAGCAUCCUAUUUCCAACCAUUCAGGUAGUCCACUACUACGUCAGUAAUAGAAAUUUGGAUGCGGAGUAGGCUUUGUUUGUGUAUCUUUUCUUUUGCUUUAUUUCUUUACAACUGUAUUACCAGGAUCACGAACUCAAACACGAGACAAGCGGGCUACCAAUAUGACCAGACACAAUUCAUGGUUGGGUGGAGAUUAAAUUGGUCUUAUCUUCUGAGAUGCGAACGGACUGGGUCAAAAAUUGCGGUUUCCUCUUUUUCUUGAGCUUCAUUUUGCAAACAGCGCAACGGCAAUCGCCUGAUACCUGUGCUAGCGGGGAGACUAUCUGGAGUUGGGUGGUCUGAAAUGGAUUGGCUGGUUCCUUAUGAGAACGUAGUCUGCGAAGGUGUACAUGUCUGUGGAGUGGAGCCUUUCUUCUAAGGAAGUCGGGCUGGAUGGAUGGAAUGGUUGAUGAAUAAGAAAAGGCGUGAAUGAAAUGCGUGGAUGGCAAUCGGGGAUGGGUUUAAGGUGUGUUGAGCAACUAGAUAUGGCAGUGCUCGUCUAAAAUUUAAGAUCCCUCAAACCACUGUUUUUU